GGUAUGACAUCUCUAACCCAGCCUACUAUUUGUUUUUAUUGUUGAUUAUAAUAUUUUCCUGGAGAUCCAAAAAACUAGCAGCACGAUGAAGAAAAAGGUGUUGCUAAUGGGGAAGAGCGGAUCGGGGAAGACCAGCAUGCGCUCCAUUAUCUUCGCCAACUAUAUCGCCCGUGAUACGACACGCCUUGGAGCAACAAUUGAUGUGGAGCACUCGCAUGUGCGGUUUCUGGGCAACCUGGUGCUCAAUCUCUGGGACUGCGGUGGUCAGGAGGGCUUCAUGAAGCAGUACUUUGCCCAGCAGCGGGACAACAUUUUCCGGAAUGUGGAGGUGCUCAUCUAUGUGUUCGAUGUGGAGAGCCAGGAGAUCGAGCGCGACAUUCACUACUACCAGAGCUGCCUGGAGGCCCUGCUCCAGAACUCGCCGGAGGCCAAGAUCUUCUGUUUGGUGCACAAAAUGGAUCUGGUGCCGGAGGAGCAUCGCGAGAACGUCUUCACGGAGCGCAUGGAGGAUCUCAUCAAGUUGUCGAAGCCGGGCAAUGUCACCUGCUUCCGCACCAGCAUUUGGGAUGAAACUCUUUACAAAGCCUGGUCUUCCAUUGUCACCAUGCUGAUACCGAAUGUGGCCGCUCUGGAGAACUCGGUGACGCACUUCGCCAAUGUGAUCGAGGCCGAUGAGGUGCUGCUGUUCGAGAAGGCUACCUUCCUGGUGAUUUCGCAUUGCCAGAGCAAGAAGAACCGCGAUUCGCAUCGCUUCGAGAAGGUGUCCAACAUCAUUAAGCAGUUCAAGCUUAGCUGCUCUAAGUUGGGAGCCAAGUUCCAGUCGAUGGAGGUGCGCAAUAGCGCCUUCGCCGCUUUCAUUGACACCUUCACCAGCAACACCUACGUGAUGGUGGUCAUGUCGGACCCCACUCUGCCCUCGGAGGCCACACUGGUCAACAUUCGGAACGCCCGCAAGUACUUCGAGGAGCUGGAGAACCCGAGCAACAGUGCCAUGAACCACCACGGCCACAAGUACCAUUGAUGGCGACAGGAAACAUCGUUGUUUUCCCUAACCCCAAUUGCCGUUCUCCGUUCAAAAGACAUGAAAACCGUCUAAUGUUGUGCACACAUCGAAGCGCCCAAGGUGCCGCCCCCAAAGUCUUACCGCUUCCCGUAAUGAUAAAUACGUAUAUAUGUAAAAAUCGCUCACUUAUUGCCAGGCUGGCCUAACGACUUCUGGUGCAGAACAUACUGCUUAUACCUUUGUUACAACCAUCUUCACAUGAGAUCAAUGUAAACUUAAUCUUUAAAUAGCUUUUUUUAGUUACGCCAACCUGUAAGUAAGUGAGCGAUGGAUAGUCAUCUCCUUCGUUGAUUUUUCGUAGAUUUGUAAGUUGAAACCUUCGUAGGCCUUAAGUUUAUAUACAAAAAACAAUUACACACUUAUGAAUACGCAAAACAA